UAAAGAUAAAAAAAAAAAAAAAAAACCCUCAAUUACACACUCGCUUACACCCUUUGUUCUCCGCUAGGUUCGUCAUUCACUUGCAUUGCACGCCGCCACCUCUGCGGCUUCGCUGUAGUCAAUGAACCAGAGGUCCCUCUGUAAAAAGGGUUUAUUGUGUUUUGGUGACACAUUGAAGCUGAGAUAGAAAGAGGGAUGGAGGGUUCGCGACGGCUACGGGGACAUUCUAUAGGAGUUUUCAGUGAAGGGAUUGGUUUAGUUUUAUUUCGCUGGUCGACUCUUCUAACGGCUGUUGAGAAUGAAUGGGGUGGCCACGAGUCCCGUGUCAAAGCCGAUCAACUUGCCAGUGACAUUCUUUCCUGGUUCACUCAAUCCAAAGAGCCACUUUAUAUUGAUGACUUAGAAGACAUACUGGAUCAAGGUAUGCUUUCUCUCAAUGUAGAGGUGGAGGAUGGCAGCAUUGAAGAGGUAGCUGAAAAACUAAUGGUUAUGCACGAAGAAUUCUUAGAAGACAAUUUUAGUUCUUUCGAAAAUCUCAGGAAAGCCAAUCUUGAGCAUGCUGCUCGUCCUCCUGUACCACAGAUUGUAAAUGAUGAUGAAGACGAUACAGAUGAAGAUGUUGGUAAUGAUGAAAACAUGAUUGUGGAUGAUAAUUCUUCAAACAUGAAUCCGGAGACUUCAACAUCUGUUGCAAACACGAAUUCAGUGAACAGGUCAGUUAAUGGACCUCUGCCAAAGGUUUCAGGUGAAGCAGAUGAUGGAUGGGUUGUAGUUUCAAACAGAAGAAAUAAGGGUAGAAAAAAUUAGAUAAAUAUAUUUAAAUUUUUGUUUUAUGAUGUGCUGUUGUCUUUCUCUGUUUUCUUGUGCUUCUUGAUGUACUACAAACCUUCUUGAGGGGUGUAACUAUGUAUACGAAUUUUUUGUUUUACUCAUUUUAGGUCUCCUCCAUUUGAGGUCUUUAGGAAAAAAAGUGGAUGAGCAUAUAUUCUGGGAAUUCCUACAUUACUUUUUUUUGUCUCUUGAGACAUUUUGUUUGUAGUUUAUGGUAUUGAAAGCUUUGUCAUA